UGUUCAUGAACUUGAGAACGCGUGAACUGAAGUGACAUUUCUUAAAAUAAUUUGUUCAUAAUUGUUACCUAUAGGUACUUAUGUUGUCGGAAUAUGGUUGGCUCGGAUGAAAAAAACGACCAAUUUAGCGGCGGUUCAGAAAUUAAGAUGUUAAUUUGUUGGAUAAACAGUGUUAAAUUGGACAGUAAGUGUUUACGAGUGUCAUUAUCAUAGUGCGUGAGACACCAGAUAUUCGCCAAGCGAUGAUGGACUGAAGUAUGCGCGUGCAGCCGCCAUCGAGCACCGGCUAUCAGUAUGAAGGACUCUUGCGCUUGAACUAGUCAAGUUUCGUUCGCAGUGUUUUCCCGCACUUUUUGUCGCGAUCAUGUGUUUUUCAUAGUGUAAUAAAAAAUUGGAAUAGUCUUUUAAGUAUUUGUUAAGAUACGCCAAACAAUUAAAAAAUAUGUGCGAUUGGUUGUCGACUGGGGAGUGGUGCGAUGUGCAACUUUAUUGUGGUGGUCGUUCCUUCAACGCACAUCGAGCUGUCCUCGCCAGUGCCAGUAGUUUCCUAAGACGGAUACUACUUUCCUGUCCCGGAGGAGAAACACCGACAUGUAUUUUCUUGCCAGAUUUUGAUCUUGAAGCUUUCUCCUCAGUCCUUUAUUACGUUUACAAUGGCGAAGUGGCUAUACAGAAACAUAAAUUACAAAAUUUUAUAGAUGUAGUUAAGGCUCUUGAUAUAUUUGUAGAUCUUCAAUGUCUCAGAAAACGAAAUACUCUAGAAAAUAACAGUUUGUAUUCAAACAAAUAUUUGGCUGAGAAAGCAAGCAAUCAAAAAAGUAGAAAUGUAGUAGCUUUAGAUGCUGGAAGUAACAGUGAUCAUGAAUACAUUAACAUCAAGAAAGGAGAGAACAAUCAGGACAUACGUUCUCAACAUUCACUUGAUGACUCAUCAGAUUAUCAUGACAACCAAGCACGGUUUAACAAUUGGAUCAAUCCAAUUCUACGACCUUCUUCACAAAAUCUCCCAACCUUUCAUUUCGACCGACAAAAAAACUUUUUUCCGCGUGAUUUAUGUCUUGAGACAUAUCCUCGAAACGGUAACGCUAACGGUCUGGCGACAGGCGUGCUAGCAAUACCAAAUGAACCCUAUCGUACUCCUUCAUCUGUUCUUUUGACGAACGUAAAUAGUAAAAAUCCACGGACUGAUGACACAACCUCGGAUAAAACAAGAAAAAGAACCGACCACGAGUCUGAAAACAACUACAGAGAAAGUAUAUCGGAGACUAAUAAUUUUCGAAAGGACAACAUCUCCAAAUGGAAUGGCAAUGAACAUUAUUCAAAGAAUGCUGAUUCAACCAGUAGUGUAUUUAGUGAAGACUUUUCAUCAUUUCAUGCGCCAUCGCCUUCGCCAAAUAUGAGUGAGCAAUUUUUACCAGAGGUUCCUUCGCCAUCAAUUGAUUAUAAUUCAACGCAAGGAAUAGAAGACCCCUUGCAAAAUGUAUCUUCAACUACCAAUCAACGGUCUGGACAUAAUUACUUUAUGGAAAAUAUCAAAUAUAACCUUCCUGUAAAUGAAAAUGCAUGUUUGGAAACUAGUCUCCAGACAACAAGGACGUCGGCUUUCAUAUACAAUCAAGUAUUAGAAAAUCCAUGGUGUUCCAGACUUACUUUUAAUUAUAGACCAACUUUUAAGAGGAUUUCAUCUUUAAUUGACGACAGAGAGGAUGAAGUUGUUGUUAAUGAUAACAACAAUAACAGUCAACAGCCGGCACCUUCACCAGCAAUCGAGACACCUGAAAAUGUAUUAACCAGUGGCCAGGACUUCAAGUGUGUAAUUUGUAGCCAAGCUUUUCCUGACAGUGAGGGCCUCACGGAACAUUCGCGGGUCCACGCGACAGCGGGGCGGUAUUCGUGCGGCGAGUGCGGCAAAACGUUCUCGCAACUUCGCAACUUCAGAUACCACAUGUCCGUGCACCGGGGCACCAAGGAGUUCGCCGCCACGUGCACUGUCUGCGGGAAGUACUUCAAUGAUAGAGGUUACCUCAGCAGCCAUAUGAAGAUUCACAGAAACCGCAAGGAAUACAAGUGCUCGAUGUGUCCAAAGUCGUUUAAUCAGCGCGUUGCCUACAACAUGCAUGUUCGAAUUCAUACAGGUGUAAAGCCGCACGUUUGUGAACAAUGUGGCAAAGCAUUCUCCCGCAAGAUGCUACUGAAGCAGCACCAGCGGACGCAUUCCGGCGAGCGCCCCUACGCGUGUCCUCACUGCGAUAAGCGGUUCGCAGACCGCUCCAAUAUGACGCUUCAUCUGCGACUACACACCGGAGUGAAGCCGUUCUCAUGUUCUUUGUGCCCGAAGUCGUUCACCAAGAAGCACCACCUCAAAUCUCACCUGAACUUCCACACUGGCGCCAAACCUUACUCAUGUCCGCGUUGCAAACUCUCUUUUACCCAGUCUUCCAAUAUGCGAACACACUACAAGAAAUGUAACGCACAAGAACUUGUCAAAGAGAACGAGAACCAAGAAACAGAAACAAAAAACAAUUAAUGAAAAUUACAUAGAGAACCAAGUUUUAUUUUUUUCAAUCUGUAGACUUUGGAUGUAGAUGUAAGAAAUGUGUGUGGGCGAAAGAAGUAUGUAUGCAGGGAUCGUGGCAAGUGGAAAAAUGUACUUUCUACCUACUCCCCCGGGAAAGAUACUAAGGUGUCUGUAGAAUUAAGCCCUAUUUCUCCAUCCUGAUUCAAUAACCAUACGCUGAUCACAAGAAUUUAGUCCACAAGAGGGAAUAGUUCAGGUGGUUUGCAUCUUACACAUUAUGAUACGGCAGUAAAGUUUUAAGAUUCGCAAAUUUUUAUUUAGGAACACAAUCUUAUAGAUUCCUAACUAGCAGUUUACUUUCUUUCGCCAUUUAUGCUUACACUGCUAAGCAAAAUUCUUUGUCAUUAAUUUCUUAUUUAACUAUUUCUUUUUUGGACUUCAAUACAAACAUGAAUCUUUGUUAAAAAAAUGGUACUUAAUAAUUUGUUGUUAUACUGAAUAGAUAGAUAGAUUUAAUCAUGAAAACAGAGCAAAAGAAGAUAGGGCGAGGAAGAUGUAAUUAAAACAACAAUGUUAUAUUUUAUCCUGUUUUAAUGGAUUCAGUGUAGUAAAACAAUUUAUCGGUCAAUGUGUAUAAAAUUACAGGCCUUUUAUAGUCAAGUAGGUAAGUUCCGGCGCUUUAAGUUAUUACAAUACUCAUUAUAGGUGUAUGUGAGUCCUUUAUAACAUUAAUAUUGUAGCGGAAAUAUUUAUCGAUACGUAGUGAUACAUUCAUUACUUUCUGUACCAUAGAUAGGUAUUGUACUUACAAAUAUGAUCUAGGUCUCUUAGAUGGUACUUUUUAUACAAGAUUGAUAUAUAGAAAUGACUGAUAUUUUAUUAUAGAUGAUUUGAAAUAUACCGAAUAAAGUGUAAUCACAAUCGGAAAUAUGUACAGUGACGCAAAAUUAAGACAAAAUAUAAUGACAGUAUUACGUGAA